ACGAACACCAGUGCGCGGGAGUGCGAUUGUGUUUCGCGAUUGAGGAAAACCCAUUUGGUCCACGCGACCCAGCGAAAAAAGGAGAGCCCAUUUUGGCAAACGGAGGAAAAGCGGAACUCGACUAUCCGAUCCGCGCCGCACACGCACCCACAGGAAGCCAAGCGGAAGUGCGACAUCGGUUGCAGAGUGUCAGUGUCGUCGUCGUCGCCAGGAAAAAUUUAGGAUGGACAUCGGUGGAGCGUACGGCGGUGGCAAAGCAGGAGGCGCCUUCGAUCCGAUUGCGUUCGUGCAGCGACCGAUCGUCAUUUUGCGCGCCGUUUGUUGGCUCUUUGCGAUCAUCGUGUUCGGCUGCAUAUCGUCAGAGGGCUGGCGAGAGGAGGCGAACGGCAAGGAUUAUUGCAUAAUUAAUCGCGAUGGAAAUGCCUGCAACUAUGCGGUGGGCAUCGGCGUGAUCGCCUUCCUCGCCUCGAUGGGCUUCAUCGCUGGAGAGUAUCUGUUCGAGCAGAUGUCCUCGGUGAAGACCCGGAAACACUACGUGCUGGCCGAUCUGGGCUUCUCGGCCUUCUGGUCCUUCCUGUUCUUUAUCGGUUUCUGCUACCUCACCAAUCAGUGGGGCAAGGCGGACGAUCCCCCGAACGGCGAAGGGGUGAACAACGUGCAAGCUUCCAUCGUGUUCUCGUUCUUCUCGAUCUUCACCUGGGCCGGCUGUGCGUAUUUUGCGUUUUUGCGCUUCAAGGCCGGGGUCGACCCAUCGUUCUCGUCCACCUACGAGUCGGACCCCAGUGCCGUGCAGCAGUACUCGGCCUAUCCGGCUGCCGGUGAUAACGACCAGUUCCAGGAGGCACCAUUCUCCGGACAGCAACAACAGCAGCAGCAGCAGCAGCGAGACUACUCACAACCGACGUACUAAAUUGGGGAAGGUCGCGAGUAAUCCGGCACUUUCCGAGGAGUGCGGCUGAGAGUUUAUCGUUUGCUUUAAGAAAAUGUUCCAUCGGGAGUGCCGAAAACCGGAAAUCAUGCCCAUCAGUUUAACCUGAACCAAAUUGGCGAGUAACGAGUAGGCUCCUGCUCCACAGUUCCAGCAGUAAUGCAUUCAGUUCGAUCGUGAGCCCGAUCGUACCAGUGUUCGAAACAAAGAAAACAAAAAAACGAAACGAAAAUACGGAACCAAACACCGGUCGUGGCCGGUACCGAUCGGUUGAUUAUCAAUGAUAAUGAUAGCUAAAAUGUACAAAACAUGAAUGAGUAUUACGUUGCAGGUGUUGAUCAUGGGUUUUUGUGCAUCCGUUGCCAUCUAAUCAAAUUCCAGACAGCAGACAAGCGCUAUAUUUGUUAAGUGUAAGGUUAGAAAUGAUUGCACUAAGGUUAAACCGUACACCGUUCAAUCCCUUACUUUCUACAUAACGUUAAUAGCGACGAAAAUGAAUGGUUCAUCGAUUAGAUUAGUGCUGGCUGGCUGAAAUAUUCCUGACCAACAGAACGCUUUCCAAAAUAUGCGUUUAUAAAACCUUUAAUAAUGGCGGUAAGUGGCUUAACCAUUUGAUCGACUGCGUAUAUUGUUUCCAAGUCUGGAAAAAUUGAUGAUUGAAAGGUUUUCUAUUAAAACAAUCAGUGGACAGUUGUUUUAAUGCCGCCUUGUAGUACUUUUAACCGUUUGAGGGUACUGAGGUGUACAUGCUUCUUCGCUCACCGGCUUGUCGACUGAAGUCGGGGGUUUAUCGUGCAAAAUCGUUCACAACACACAACAUCGAUGAAGUAGUCGGCCUCGUUCAGACAGGGGUUCUUAAUGGGGGUGCACGUAUGCUAUCGAUGUCUGUAUAUGUUUUGUAAAGGAAGUGGAACAGGAACGGAAACGGUUCUCCGCUUCGAACGAGCGUUUGUCGGGUGUGUCGCUGUUUGAUAGCGACAUACAUGGCUUAGGUUAGUAAGUUACAGUGAGCAGUAUUGGGGCACAGGAGGACGCGAACAUGUGCGUUCGUGUUUCGAAUGUAAAGGCCUCUGUAUUUACUAUCGUAACACAGUUUAGAAAGUUUCAGUUAAACCCAAACAUAAAAUCGUAUGAUUAGCGAAUGUUAUGCUAGAUGUUAUUUAUUGCCGUUUAACAUUUUAUAGUACAGACACGUUUUAGUUUCACAAAACCCGUUUUGUUAAGCCUUUAUACUUCCAGAGUCAUGGAACAAUCCCCUUUUGUUUGUUUUGUUUUGGCAUGGACUGAACUAGUCAUAUCGAAUCAAUCACUUGCCCACCAUUUAUCGAUAAACCAAUAAUGAGGUACUGCUAUGGCUUCAUCACUCUUUAGUUGAAUUGCGCUAGCAUGCGAUGCGUGACGUGAGGAAUGACAGAAACGGAAAAGGAAAAGCAGGCGAGAAAGGAGAAGGACAAAGACAAAGAAAGACAAAUGCUUGGCGGACGUUUAUUUCCAAUGAGACACAGAAAGCGUAAGAAAUAGUAUAAAAGUAAGACAAAAUAUAUUCAUAUUUGUUAGCAAUCGCCAAUCACGCGAACGGAUAGCUCUAAAACGCAGAAACGGCAUUAAAAUAAACUGCUUCAAAUAAAGAAAGUGGUUAAAUCUUAUGAAGACAAGUUUCAUGAUCAAUAGCAGAGGAGCAAGGAGAGAGAGAGAGAGAGAGCAGAACAAACAAGAAAAGAACAAAACAUACACACAUAGUUGUAACGCAUUCACCAUAGGUAUUGUAAGUAUAAGAUAUCGCGUGAUCGAACCGGACCGAUGUCUGUUGAUUUGCAAAACCCGACCCGAACGAUCAAAUUUUGUAGUUUUGGAUGGUAUAAAUGCGCUUCCUUUCCUACAGCGACACCACUCAAUCCCGUUGUUAGCGCAGCCAUUUUGAAACCAAACUUCUGGAACGACACACACAUUGAUAUGAAUCGAUCACACGAUGGCAAACAAGAGAACGGCACACGGCAAAAGAACUAAACAUUGAUUACUACAAUACUAUACCAACAAAUGCGAAGCGAUAACAAUACAACAACUAAGUGAAACAAAACGUGAGACGAACAGAGAACGUAAAGUGAGUAAGCGUAAAACUGUGUGUUCUGUAGCUGAAAUAUAAAUGACAAGUUAAAGCAUGGAUAAACCAAAACCCAAAUAAAGAAAAUAAACCAAAAAUAACAAAAAACAUUUCAUAGAUCGUUAGGUAACCAUUAUGACGAUAGACGAGAACACAGGUGGUGGUGGUGUUUUUGGAUCCAAACCCGAAAGAAACCGGUAUUUUCGCCUCACUAUGCUCCAGGAGGUUUAUGAUUUGCCAUUUUCCACGCUUCCGGUAAGCAGCUAACCCCAUAGCAUUGCUACCAAACAAGUCGAAUCGGAUGUAUCGUAGGCUGGCAGUUACCUAGCAACCAGCGAGUGGAACAUACAUAUAUGCACUUCUCUAAUGUAAUGUUAUCAGCUAUUAUACCAAGUACUUACACACGAUAACCCAAAAAGAGUUUUCAUAGCGAAAAGAAAGCGUUAGAACGAUCGGUGUCGGUGAACAAAGGGAAAGCACAAUAUAAACCUUGGACAGAUACAAUUAGGCGUUCGGUUGUUUUCGUUUUUGCAGAUGUGCGUGAAUGUAAAACGUGUUGUACAUAGAAACUGUAAGAAUCGAAAGAGUAGAUCAAAAGAAAACAACAAUACACGACACGGCAUUAACGGAUUGGCCCGCUAAAAGAGAAACAACUUUGUGAAACAAACAAUAGUUGCAAACAAUAAUUUUGUAUCAUCCCCCCUACGGCACCACUAUCCGAAUCAACCUGAAUAAGUAAAAGAAGUUAAGCCAUCGAAAUAGAAUCGAAUGUUCGACACGCG